AGGAGUGUCGGGAUAAGAAAGGGAACGAAAGAUGGCGGCGGAAACGCUGCUGUCCAGUCUGUUGGGGCUGCUGUUUCUGGGUUUCAUAUUACCUGCAAGCCUGACAGGCGGUGUUGGGAGCCUGAACCUGGAAGAACUGAGUGAAAUGCGAUAUGGAAUACAGAUCCUGCCGUUGCCUGUCUUGGGAGGGCAGGCUUCGGACGUGGUGAUUGUUUCUUCUAAGUACAAACAGCGCUACGAGUGUCGCCUGCCAGCUGGAGCUAUUCACUUCCAGCGUGAAAGGGAGGAGGAGGCACCUGCCUACCAAGGGCCUGGGAUCCCUGAGUUGUUGAGCCCAAUGAGAGAUGCUCCCUGCCUGCUGAAGACCAAGGACUGGUGGACCUAUGAAUUCUGUUAUGGACGCCACAUCCAGCAGUAUCACAUGGAAGAUUCAGAGAUCAAAGGUGACAUCCUCUAUCUCGGCUACUACCAAUCGGCCUUCGACUGGGAUGAUGAGACAGCCAAGGCCUCCAAGCAGCAUCGGCUGAAACGCUACCACAGCCAGACCUAUGGUAACGGAUCCAAGUGUGACCUCAAUGGAAGGCCCCGGGAGGCUGAGGUUCGGUUCCUUUGUGAUGAGGGUGCAAGUAUCUCUGGGGACUACAUUGAUCGUGUGGAUGAGCCCUUGUCCUGCUCUUAUGUGCUAACUAUUCGGACUCCUCGGCUCUGCCCCCACCCUCUCCUCCGUCCUCCACCCAGUGCUGCUCCUCAGGCCAUUCUCUGUCACCCCUCCCUGCAGCCUGAGGAGUACAUGGCCUACCUUCAGAGGCAAGCUGAGUCAAAGCAGUAUGACGACAAAAUCACAGAGGAGCUCCAAGACCUGGACCCCCAAAUGUGGAGUGAGACCAAGUCUGAGGCAGUGCCUCCAAAGAAAGCAGGUGCAAGCCCAACCAAGGAUGACAGUAAGGAAUCUGAUUUUUGGAAGAUGCUUCAUCAACCAGAGGACCCGGUUCCAGGAGGAGAAGAGGUACAAGCAGAGGAGCAAGACCUGAACCUUGAGGCUGCAGUGGAUCCAGCUCCAGGCCCUCCUGAUGAUUUUCAGAACAACGUACAGGUCAAAGUUAUUCGGAGUCCUGCAGACUUGAUUCGAUUGAUAGAAGAGCUGAAAGGUGGAACAAAAAAGGGAAAGCCAAAUGCUGGCCAAGAGCAGCCUGGAGAUGAUGCUAUGGAAGCCCCUCAACAGGAACCUGUAGUGAAGGGAAAGGGUGACACAGAACGUCAGGGUGAGGCAGAAGAAGAGGACAAUGAUGAAGAUGAGGAUGAGGAUGAACGUCAAUUACUGGGAGAAUUUGAGAAGGAACUGGAAGGGAUAUUGCUCCCAUCAGACCGAGAGCGGUUCCGUUCAGAGGUGAAGGCUGGCAUGGAACGGGAGCUGGAGAAUAUCAUCCAGGAGACAGAAAAGGAGCUGGACCCAGAUGGGCUGAAGAAGGAGUCGGAGCGUGAUCGGGCAAUGCUGGCUCUGACAUCCACACUUAACAAACUCAUCAAAAAGCUGGAGGAAAAACAGAGUCCAGAGCUGGUGAAAAAGUACAAGAAAAAGAGAGUUGUCCCCAAAAAGCCUCCACCCUCACCCCACCCUACAGAGGAGGAUCCUGAGCACAGAGUCCGGGUCCGGGUCACCAAGCUCCGUCACGGAGGCCCCAAUCAGGAUCUGACUGUCCUCGAGAUGAAACGGGAAAACCCACAACUGAAACAAAUCGAGGGGCUGGUGAAAGAACUGCUGGAGAGGGAGGGACUCACAGCUGAAGGGAAAAUUGAGAUCAAAAUUGUCCGCCCUGGGGCUGAAGGGACUGAGGAGGAUGCACGUUGGCUAACUGAUGAGGACACGAAAAACCUCAAGGAGAUUUUCUUCAAUAUUUUGGUGCAGGGAGCUGAAGAAGCCCACAAAGAGCGCCAGCGGCAAAAAGAACUGGAGAGCAACUAUCGCCGAGUGUGGGGCUCUCAAGAUGGAGAAGGCACAGGGGACCUGGAUGAGUUUGACUUCUGAAACUACCACAACAAGACCCUCCAAAGAGUACAGAGUCUUCCUGAAUGGCCCUGCCUCCUCCUCAUCUCCCACCCCUGGGGCCCUGAAGGCAAAAUGGUGAAGAGGAGCUGAGCUGUAGGCAUCUGAGCCCCCAGCUCUAGGGUGUGGAGGGCAUGGGGUGAGUUCUGCUGGAGCUACCCAGCUGCCUCACACCUCAUCGGGCUUGGGAUUUUGCUCUCCCAGGCUCCCCCAUAUGCUCUUUCUUUCUUCCUCAGCUUUCCUUGCUAUUAUCCCCCAACUUGUUGGUUUUUUCUUCCUCCUACCUAGAGAUUCAGUGAGAUCUUUUGAACUAGCAGGGCGUUUAGCAGGCUCCAAGAAAGUGGCUGCCCACCCCUGCCCUGUUGCUGUGUGGAGUUGUUUUACCCCCCAUCUCUUGGAUUGACUUGGGAUUUCCUUCUCCCUUUCCCUGUUCCCACUGUCCUCUACAAUCUGCAAUUCUGAGUCGAGGAUCCUUCACCUCUGUUGCUGAGGAAAUGGGAGACCAUUGCACAUACCUCAGACACAGUCCCAGCAAAGAGGGUGGGGUGCAGACCCACCCGCUAUGUUCUUCAACAAUCAGGUUUCUAAAUAAAGAACUGGACCAUCAGUCCAUCAGCCUUUUUGGGGGAUGGGAGGGGGUAGGUGGAGGGUGCUCUCAUAGGGAGGCUUGCUGUUCUUUUCAGACCAGAGGGCACACAUCCCAGGUGGUAUCAUCAGUGAGCGUGGUAUACAUACACACAGACCACGACAAAGCCACCUGGCAGGGAGCUAAAGACCUAUAAUACUGUUCUCUCUCCAUAUCUUCAUCUGUUGUUUCUUCCCUUUUUAUUUUUUUAAACUUCUGCCUUGCUGGGCCUUUAAUCCAGAGCCUUGCACAUGCUACCACUAAGCUGUACUUCCAGCUCACUUCCCUCCCUUCCUUAGCACCAACUCCUUCCUUAUCUUCUCCCCCUUGACAUCAUGUACCAUAUGCACACUGUGGAGUUGUACCCCUGACCCCAGACCUGGACAUCUUCCUUUUGCUGAGCUCUUUCCCUGCAGCAUAUUCCAGGUUCCAUUUGCCAGCCACACCCCAUACUCCUCAUGGCUGUUCCCCAGAGGGGAAAAAUAGUGAAAUGACUUGUUCAAGGCCCACUUUUAGGAAAUAGAAGAGUGAAGACUUGAACUUAAUGCUCUGCCUAUAAGCCAUUUCCAAGGCAGAUUUUUUUAAAUAUCAUUUUUUAUUUUUGUUUAUUUUUUAUGUGGUGAUGGGGAUUGAACUCGGGGCCUCAUGCUUGGUAGGCAGGUGCUUUACCGCUGAGCUAUCUCCCCAGCCCCCAAGGCAGUUGUUUGUUGUUGAAACCAAAAAACAUCAACCUUUUUUUUCCAGAGAGGGCUGACACUCAUGCAUGCCUGCUUCUUAAUAUGCCAAGGGUAGGUGGGCCUGCCAAGUGUAGGUAUGGAUCCCCCCACAUUCCUUCUUCCUUCUCCAAGGGCAGAGACUCUCCUGUUGCUCCACAGCUCAGAGGUGUACAGCCUUCCUGCUGAAGUCUCCACUGGCUUACAAGAUAAGGAAAGGGACAGAAGACACAGAAUGUCUUCAAAAGUGAGAGGGUAGGGAUUCAGUUGUUGAAGGAAGUUUCAUAUGGACUAGUGGUUAUUGUGUGCAUUAUGCUUAAAUUGUUUUGUUUUUAAAUGUAAGUGGGUAGAUUUAUAAAUCCUGCUUCCUGAGAUUCAUGUGUGUAUCUUGAGAGGGGUGCUUCAGCUGGGCAAGAAUUUAGAAACUGUCCUUUGGAGCCAGGCCUAAUGGCUUACACCUUUAAUUCCAGUUACUUAGGAUGCUGAGGCAGAAGGAUCAUGAGUUCAAGGCCAGCCUCUGCAAUGUAGCUAGAACUGUCUCAACAAAAAAGAAAUGCCUUGGGAAUGGCUUAUAGACAGAGCACUAAGUUCAAAUCAUUACUCUUCUAUCUCCGUAAGUGGGCCUUGAACACGUCAUUUCACCAUUUUUUUUAUACCGAGGAUUGAACCCAGAGGUGUUUUACCACUGAGCCACACUUCCAGCCCUUUUAAUUUUAUAUUUAAAAUUUUUUUUACUUGUAGAUGGACACAAUACCUUUAUUUUGUUUAUUUUUAUGUGGUGUUGAGGAUCGAACCCAGUGCCUCACAUAUGCUAGGCAAGCACUCUACCAUUGAGCUACAAGCCUCCUUUUUAUUUUUUGUUUUGAGACAGGGUCUCACUAAGUUGUUUAGGGUCUUGCUAAACUGCUGAGGGAGUUUGGCUUUGAACUUGCCAUUCUCCUGUCUUGGCUUCCUGAGCCGCUGGGAUUAGACGUGUGCAUCAUUUCAUUUUUCAAAUUGUGUUUCCUCAUUGGUACGCUGUGGCUAGAAGUAUCACUGGCCCUACUGUUCAUGCCCUUCACACAGGAUCUGUCCAUAGUAACUUAUAAACCAGCUUCCAAGUUCACAAGAUAUAGAGUAUUUGUAGAGGAGAGUCUUAAAAGGAAUUCCAAAAGUUGAUCAGAUGCUACAGUAGAAUCUUUAAGAAUGGGAAAGGUGAGAUGCUGGGACAGGAGGUUAUCUUUGGUUUGACGGGGAUGGAGUCCUAGCAAGAUCAGAAAACUGAAUUCUGGAAACAUCACUGUAUUUAAUCAUUUUGUACUUUCAAUAAUAAAUUCCUUUUUACUUC